AUGCAGCUCUCUUCGGUCUUCACGGUCGCCCUUUCUGCUCUCAACCUUGCCUCUGCUUUACCUCUCCAUCGCCUCGACACCAGUCCAGCUCUGUCCUGGCACGUCUCCAACUUCAACACUGGCUGCUCCCCAGGCGGCUGCGUGUAUAACUUCAAUAUUACUGGCGUCGCAAGCCAGAACACUCCCGGAUUCCAAACCCAUUGCUCGGGUACCAAUGUCCAAGAUGAUUACGCCUUCUGUGAUGACAAGCUCGUGAAGGCGAAGGUGGUGUCUCAACUAUACCCCGUGUGGACGGUCCAUGUACAACACGCUUGGUUCCACGGCGAGGCCGAGUUCUAUGCUCUUGGCCAUGCCAACGUCACAUCUACUCAAAAGAACUUCACUAUCCCUGUGACUGAGGCCUCGAUCCUACGACAAAUCGUCGCUGGUCCUAGAUUACAGCACCCAGAAGCAGGUCUAGAUCUAUGCUAUGUCACCGACAAUCUGAUUGCAACGUCUGGCCCGUCCCCUAGCUACCCGAAACGCGCCUACAGAAACCCGCUCGAUGAUCUAGUGAAAUACCUUGACUCUAAACAUGGCGAGGACUGGUGCGUCUUUGAGUUCCGGGCUGAGGGGACAGGGUACCCCGAUAAAGCUGUCUAUGGACGGAUACAUCACUACCCAUUCCCGGAUCACCAUCCCCCACCAUUUGCGCUUAUUCCCUCACUUAUGGGCUCUAUGUAUAACUGGCUCCAUGGCAAGGAUUCUCAGGGGGAGGCACAGGAGAAACGGAAGAGAGUUGCGGUGGUCCACUGCAAGGCUGGUAAGGGACGGAGUGGAACGGUCGCGUGUAGCUAUUUGAUGGCACAUGAGGGCUGGAAGAUGGAGGAUGCUUUGCAACGGUUUACCGCACGGAGAAUGCGGUCUGGGUUCGGCCCUGGGGUGAGUAUCCCGAGCCAGCUGCGCUGGGUCGGGUAUGUCGAUCGCUGGGUGAACCAAAUGGGCAAGAUGUACAUCGAACGACCGGUGGAGAUCCUCGAGCUGCACGUGUGGGGUCUGCGGGAUGGUGUCAAAGUUGCAGUGGAAGGGUUCGUCGAUGAAGGCAAGAAGAUUCAAAACUUUCACCUAUUCAAACGCAGUGAACGCAUCGUUGUGGACGAUGGAAGGGCGAAGACAAAUUCUUCACAGAAGACGGACAAAAAGAAAGUGAACGGCCAAAAGAAUGGUAUCAAAAAGGCAUUCUCAUCUGUAGUAGAUUCAUCGAGUUCAUCCAGCUCGGACUCAUCCGAUGAGGACUCAACUACCCAGAAGGGCACGUCGGCCGUCCUCUUCCGGCCGAGCAAGCCGCUCAUCCUCCCAACCUCCGAUAUAAAUAUUGAUUUUGAACGAAGAAGCAAAGCUUACAAAGAUUGGGCAAUGGUGACAUCCAUCGCGCAUGUGUGGUUCAACGCUUACUUCGAAGGCGGCGACAAGCAAGAUUCAGGCGUCUUCGAAGCAGAGUGGGACACGCUAGAUGGGAUCAAAGGCACCUCCAGAAAAGGAGUUAGGGCUCUCGACCGGCUCAAAGUAGUAUGGAGAUACCCACCUUCGGAACCCGAAACAAAGAACUCGGAGACGGCGCCCACGCCGGGCCAAAUCAUCACCGAGCCCAAACCCGGUGAACCCAUGUUCGAAAGCCAUGCUGCUGACUGGAGAGGCCAAGACCCGGAAGAGCAGAAAGCUGCACGAGAUCAGGAGAACAUUCCGACGCGGGCUCCCGAUGUCCCAGAGCACCCAAAAGAAAGCAAGGAGGAUGCAAACCCGAUCCUCGCAGGCCUCAGCACUGCCACCAGCAAUGCCGCCGCCGCUGCUACAACUUCGGUGCAGAUGCUAAGCAAGGAUCUAGGACUGAGAAGGCAGACGGACGAGAGCAAAGACGUCAGUCUCGCCGAAAGUGAAGACAAUGAGUCGGUGCUAGGUCACCGGAAGCAGGAAGGCGAUGAAGAGAAAAGACAAGCCCUGAACAGAGCAGAAAGUGAAGACUUCCAAGGCGUACAAUCUUACUUUGGAAAUGGCGAUAAAGACGACUCUACAAGCUCGCCGAAGCCUACUAAAGCUUCGUGA